CAAGACUAUUGCAGGUAUAUGUACGAGAAUAUUGGAUAUAAUGUCCAUCCAACGCAAGUGUGCGCAUUUGAUUCGUCAGCCGAGAAAGGAUCUUGCCACGGUGACUCUGGUGGCCCACUGACUGUCGGUGGAAAACUCGUUGGAUUGGUAUCCUGGGCGAAUGGUUGCGCCAGCACCACUUAUCCUACUGUAUACACGCGUGUCGUCUCUCAUCUGGACUGGAUUGCAGCUAACGUGCCCUAAAUUCCGAUCUUUCUUCCAACUAUGACUAUAUACGCACUCUGUCUUUUGUUUUAAU